UACGAAACUCGAUGACAGGCAACACGACGGACGCAUGCGAGACGCGAGAUCCUUGUCAACAUGGUGGAAUCUGCAUUUCAACGGAUAGCGGACCCAUCUGCGAAUGCCGUUCCGGUGAUUACGAGGGUGCUUACUGUGAAAAAGAAGCAUGGAGUACGGUGCUGCCCACGGCCGGUGCUGCCGAUUACUGGGAUUACAAUAAAGCACCUUCCGAGGCUUCAUUCCGUGGAACGGAAUAUUUAACGAUAGAUCUGAGCAAAGGAGACCCCAUUUUAAGUACGCAGGAAUCCGUCGGACUUCAAUUCAAAACGAGACAACCUAAUGGACUCUUCUUUUAUUCCGGUGUGGGAGACGAUUACCUAACCGUGUCUCUUAGGGACGGUGGUGUCGCCGUUGGGAUGACUUUGGCCAAAGGGAGACACGAUCUACAUAUCAAACCAGCCAGAAUCAGGUUCGACGACAACCAGUGGCAUAAAAUUGUCGUUCAUAGGAAAGUUCAAGAGAUCUCCUCCAUCACCAGCUUCUGCAGGCUUUCGGCCGUCGUCGAUGGAAUUUACAUGGAACACGGACACACUGCAGGAUCGUUCACACGUUUAGCGAGCGAUGGACUUCUAGUCGGUGGUGGUGCUGAUGCGAGAUCUUUGCAAGGUGCCAAAGGGAUCAACAACUUUGUCGGGUGUCUAAGAAAGGUGGAAUUCAGCGCGGAAGGCAUAAAAAUGGAGUUAAUAGAAGCUGCUAGAAGUGGUGCAGCGGGUGCCGCAGCUUGGGGCAAAAUGGAUUUUCACUGUCGCGAGCCAAGAGCCUCGGAUCCGAUCACCUUCACUACCAGAGAUUCUCAUCUCAAGGCUGCGGCGACUUUGGUUAAAUCGAGGCGACUUCACGGCGCUGUGGUCACCUUCACCAGCUCAGAGUCCCACCUGGUUCUUCCACCCUGGAAAGCUUCCAAAUCCGGAAGUCUAUCCUUCAAAAUUCGUACGAACGAGCCGAACGGACUAAUAAUGUAUAGUCGUAGCGGAGCACACACAAGAGAGGAUUUGUUUGCAUUCGAGAUCUUAGGUGGGCACCUUUACCUCCAUAUCGAUCUUGGAAGCGGAUCUGUAAAAGUGAGAGCAUCGAAGCAACGAGUUGACGAUGGUGUUUGGCACGACGUGGCCUUACGACGAGUCGACAGAGAUGGUCGUGUCAUCGUUGACGACUCUACUGUUGAGUUUCAUACUCCAGGUGAUACCACCCAACUCGAUUUAGACGGAUUACUUUACAUCGGUGGAGUUGGUGCACCCUUCGCACCAUUGACCGUUCCACCUGUUUUAUGGACUGGUACUUUGCGACAGGGCUACGUUGGUUGCAUGAGGGAUCUCGUUAUCAAUAGCCAUCCUGUUGAUAUCGCUGGAUACGCGCAACAACAAGAUUCAGGUGCCGUGAGGCCAGCUUGUCACACUCAACAAUCCCUUCACUGUUCCUCGCAACCCUGUAUGCAUGGUGGAUAUUGUCUCGAGGGUUGGAACAGAUUCCAUUGCGAUUGUACCGGAACGCCGUUUACCGGUCCCACUUGUGGAAAGGACGCAUCGACGUUGCAUUUGAACGGGACUCAGCAGAUGACCGCACUGAUGCCGGACGAUUCGAGAACGCAAGCGGAAGAAGUUAUCGUGCGUUUCAAAACGACCAGGCCACGUGGUCUUGUGAUAGCAACGAGCUUGGAAAACAGCAGUGAUCGUUUACAAAUUUAUCUUGAGGAAGGCAAAGCAAAGAUGCUCAUUCACAUAGAUGACAAGGAAAAGAGCUUGACAGUCGGACAGGGUCUGAACGACGACAUGUGGCACGUUUUGAGGUUCUCGAGAAGAGCAAGCUCGUUAAAAUUCCAAGUCGACGACGAACCUGCCAUACGAGCUGAAACACAACUAAGUAAGCAAAGCAUUUUACAAUUUCGGACACUUCACGUUGGUGGUUAUCUACACGCCGGCGAAGACAUUCCUCAUUUUGUUGGACAGCUUCAACAAAUCUGGUUCAAUGGUUACCCUUAUUUGGAAAUAGCCAGAAGUGCUGGUAGCCAUCAAAGUUCUCAUCAGGGUGUGACACCAAUCAUCAGAGUAACCGGAAAAUUUGGCAAGAGGAAUCAUCCUGUACAUCAUCCUGUAACCUUCACCUCAAAGCAUACGUUUGUUGGACUACCAGUAUUGAAGGCCUACGUAGAAACCAACAUCUAUUUCCAGUUUAAAACACGAGAACCAAAUGGAUUGAUCCUCUACAAUGCUGGAAGAGAACGUGACUUUAUAGCUGUCGAGCUGGUGGACGAACAUAUUAAUUAUGUCUUUGAUUUGGGAGAUGGCCCAGUAAGAAUCAAGGACAAUUCUAAGAGCAGAUUGAAUGAUGGCAAAUGGCAUGCCGUUAGCAUCGGAAGACCUGCACCUAAAAGGCACACCUUGGCAGUAGACGAUCACGUGACGGCUGUUAACAGCCAAGGUAGCAACGAGAAUCUUGACCUUGAUGGAAUAUUGUAUAUAGGUGGAGUCGAAAAAUCGCAAUACAGUCAACUACCAAAACAAAUAUUUAGCCGGCAUGGAUUCGAGGGUUGUUUGGCAUCAUUGGAUCUUAGCGGUGAAAGUACAGAUUUACUUUCGGAUGCUGUUGUACCGAGUUCUCUCGUCGAACCCGGAUGUGACGUAUACGCGAAUCUUCACGCUGGAAAAAAAUGCACUCACGAUGUAUGCGCGAAUCAUGGAACAUGUUUGCAACAAUGGAACAGUUAUACAUGCGAUUGCGACAUGACCAGCUUUUCUGGACCUACUUGUAGCGAAGAGGCUAUGGCAUAUGAAUUUGGAGCAGGAAGAGGAAUCAUCACGUAUACAUUUCCAUCCGAUCGAAGACCGGAAAUGAAACAAGACACCGUCGCUUUUGGAUUCGUUACGGGAAUGAACGACGCGGUUUUACUUAGGAUAGAAUCAGCCUCUAGCAAUGACUACCUUGAAAUUGAAAUUGUUGAAGGAAACGUAUUUGCCGUUUAUAACAUGGGUACGAACGAUCAUCCAGUUGGAGAAGUAGGUGUCAAAGUGAACGACAAUCAAUACCACGUCGUUAGAUUCACAAGAAGUGGAGCGAACAGUACGUUGCAAGUCGACGAUUACAAUCUUCAAUCGAAUCAUCCGUCCGGCUAUCAGCACUCGGUAUUUAACAGUCAAUCGACCAUACAAGUCGGUGGCAAAUGGAAUCGAAGCAAGGGAAAGAUCGAGAGACCAUUUCUGGGAGUUAUCGCGGGCCUUGUGGUCAAUAGUGCACGAAUCUUAGAACUGGCUGCUGCCAAGGACAGUCGAAUUACUAUCAGAAGUGACGUUCAACUUUUACCAGCUGGAAGUCUCCUGGAUCGAGCUGCACCUUUGCAAAGAAUGCAGCAGACUCCAGCAUCUGGUUUCCCAGGCGUGAUGGACGAUCUAAUCUUCUCCGGUGCCGGAAGUGGAUGUGCCGGUGACGACGAAGACGAAGAAUGUACGCCCAUUUACGAGCCUGGUUCCGGUAAGUACGAUUUGAUAACACCGGUCUACGUGGCACCGACGAGAUUACCAACAACUUUGAGACCAAAACAUACCAAAGAUAAUAUUCAAGAGCGACCCUCGUGCGAUGACGAAGAAGAGGAUUGUGAAGAAGGUUCAGGAGAACCUGGAACAACCGAGGAAAUAGUCGUCACUUCUACAACCGACACGAGCAGCCCAGUAACGUACACGACCCUGCGGGAAUAUUCCACGAGUCACAGCAGCACUCAACACAGUUCGACGAUAUCCUCCUCCUCAUCUUUGUCACCAUCGACCUCGACACGGGAAUUCGUCACUGUUUCCGGACAAUACAAUGGUUCUACCAUCGACACGGAAACUAGUCAUAGCAGUAGCAGUAUUGUGACGCCCCGAUCGACAACAGUGACAACGCAAACAAGUACAACGGAGAUGACGGACCCACCCCCGCCACCUCCGCCGCCGAUUUAUCCACCGAUGCCAACCCCGCCUAAGAACAAUAACAAAAACAAGAGGAUAACAUCGGAAACUGCUGAGAACGUUGCCCUGAUAAUUGGCAUUAUAGCGGGUGCCCUAAUCGCGAUAGUACUCAUCAUCCUGAUAAUACUGAAGUUUAAAAAUCGACCGGAAACCAGUUACAAGGUUGACGAGACAAAAACUUUUUGUCAGGAUCCGAAUGCUGCUUUGCUCGGAGCAACUGGUUCGGGGCAGCCGUUUAACGGUGCACUUAAAAAUGGCGCGAACGGAAGUAAAACAAAUAAAAAACGAGAACUCAUAGACAUCAAGGAGUGGUAUGUGUAGGCCUAGCCAAUUGAAUGCGUAUAUCCUUCGAAUUGGACUCUAACUAAAAGAGAGAUUAAAGAGAAAAAAACAAAUUAGGAAACGGAUCGAGUGAAAAUGUGAAAUAGAGAAAGAAAUAAGAGAGAAAGAAAGAAAGAAAACAAGAGAGAGAGAGAGAGAGAGAGAGAGAGAGAGAGACAGAGAGAGAAAGAGAGAGAGAGAGAGAGAGAGAGAGAGAAUCUAUCAAUCUUCCAUGUCCUACGGCAUUCACCCUCGCACAAAAACAAACCAACAAACAUUCCUUUGAUCUAACUCGACAGAACUUACAUUAGCGAGGGUGGGUGGGACGUAAAAGAACAAAUUGGAGAGAUACCGCGUUACAUGUACUAGUCAAUAAACAUUUUUCGAUAUUUUCCAAUCAAAAAAGAUAAGUCGAAGAUCAACAGGAUUCGCGUUUUCCGAAUUUACGAUACACGAUCACUGACGCGAUGAUUAUCUUAACGCAUACCAUACAUAGUUGAAUUUUCCUUGGAAGAGAGCAAUUCUUUUGUUUAUUGUUAAAACGUAGUUGUGAAAGAUUAUAAACGAUAUAUGUGUGUGUGUAAGUUUUCAGUUUGAAGAGAAUAAUGUUGGAAAGAAUGCCGUAAGUUUUAGGAAAUGAUGAAAGUAUUAUAUAUGAAUGAUAAUGACGAUGAUGACGAGGAUGAAGAUGAAGAUGAUGAUACUACAUGGCGAUUAAAACUGCACUUAUUGUUGUAUAGAAAAAAAUACUUACAUAUAUAUAUAUAUAUAUAUAUAUAUAUAUAUAUAAUUAUAUAUACAUACAUGUAUAUGAUAUUACCGGUUACGUUAUACGUGCAAAUUGUUUGUUAAAUGAUAGAUUUUAUUAAUAAAAAAAAGCAAAAGAAAAAGAAUGAAAAGGAAAGAAAAAAUAAGAGAGAACGAGAAAAGCGUUGUGUCUAUAUGAGUAGGCGUAAACGCGAUCAAAACUUCCAGUAUCGAUCGUGCGAUAGUUAAAACAUUACAGAUCUCGAAGAAACAUUAUAAAAUGGAAAUAACAGGAAAAAUAAAAAAGGAAGAAAAUUAUACUAUGAGAACCAUGCGUUAGAUAUAUCAAAACAAUACCCCCUCAUCCUUUCUCACUUUCUCUCUCACUUUGUCUCUAUCUGUCUCUAUCUCUCUCUCUCUCUCUCUCUCUCUCUCUCUCUCUUUCUCUCUCUCUUUCUUUGUCUCUCUUUCUCUCUACGUGUUUGUCUGCGAGUAUGUGUGCGUGUGUUCUCUUCGAGCUACGAUAUAAUUGCCUCUGCUCCGUCGAAUCGUUAGAAAACAACUUCGAUUAUUGUAACACAUGGAUACAAAAUCGUAAUAAUUGUAAUAACGAACCUAAACUGUGACGAGAUAAUUUCGACGGAUUGACGAUGAAUAAGCGCCUGCACGUUUUAUACACAUACAAUAAAUAUAUACACACACGCCAUAUAAACAAAUAUACAUACUUACAUACAACCAUACAUACAUGCAUAUAUACAAACAUACAUACAUACGUACAUACAUAUAAAUAUAUUUUUUCAUAAGAACCAAUUAUACCAAUCCGGUUGGCACAAGCUCGAGCUCUCGAAUAUCAUUUCAUAUCUUUCUUUCUUGUUUGUUUCUCGAAAAUAAUCUUAAUUAUAAUUAUUAUAAUUAUGAUUAUGAUAAUAAUAAUAAUAAUAAUUAAUAGAGGAAAUAUAUAUAAAAAGGAAAUGAAGGAAAAAAUAUAAAAUAAAUAAAUAAAUACACACAAACACAUAUACAUACACAAAUAGUACUACGGGUACUGCGUAUUAUACAUGUGUAAGUGCGGAUAAAUACACAUAAUACAUAUAUAAAAAUCUAUGUAAGUAGUAAAUGCUACUUAUCACAUUGAUCUCUUACGAUCGAUCGAUCGAUUGAUCAUUUGUUAUUCGAAGCUGAACUGGAAUUUUCAUGAAUCUUCCCUUCGAGAUGGUAUCGUGCGUGAUAUCAAAAACGAACUCGGAUCCUCGCAACGAUCGUGAGAAAAUAAAUAAAAAAAAAAAGAAAAGGAAAGAGUAUGUGUGCGUGCAAUCGUGAAAUGGCGAACGCUUCAUCAGAGAACAAAAAAUGAGUAUAUAAUUACUUACUUAAUAAUGUACGCGUUGGUGCGAUCUUCCAUUAAAAAGUGUCGAAGAAAUCAAACUAGAGAAAAA